AGUUUUACAACCCCAAGCUGUACAAGCCAGAGUCGCUCGCGCAGGCGGCCCCCCAGCUCGUGCAGGUCUCCGCGCACCGGAGCGACGGGGGCGCGGCACCGCCGCCGCCCCCGGAGACGUUCGGCGCCUACGUCAAGAAGGGGCUGGAGACCGGAGGCGUGAUCAGCAUGCUCGACCUGCUGGUUGGCGACCUCGACAAGGAGAUGACCGAGGCGGAGACUUCCGAGAAGGACGCGCAGGCCGACUACGAGACCUUGAUGGCCGAUGCGGCCGCUAAGCGCGCUGCGGACACCCAGGCGGUGGUCGAGAAGUCGGCCGCGAAGGCCACGGGCGAGGAGUCUUUGCAGAAUGAGGAGGAGAAUAAGAAGGAUCUGACCACCCAGCUCAUGGAGACGAAGCAGGCCAUC